CACAGCGCGCAGACGCGACACGCCAGACUCGCGCCAGCGCGCCGUAAGUGCGCAGGCGCGCCGGCCGUCUCUUUGCUGCUCUUCCUUCUCCUGUCUCCAGACGUCAGUGGCCGUUGGGCCCUAUGUCGCGCCGGGCCCUCCGGAGGCUGCGGGGGGAACAGCGCGGCCAGGAGCCCCUCGGGCCGGGCGCCCUGCAGUUUGCCCUCCGUGAUGACGAUGAUGUGGAAGAAGAAGGCCCAAAGCGGGAGCCCGGUGGCCAGCGCCCCCGGGGCGCAGGGAAGGAGGGCGUCCGAGUUAACAACCGGUUCGAGCUGAUCAACAUCGAGGACCUCGAGGAGGGACCUGUGGUGAACGGGGAGAGGUCUGAUUGUCUGCUCACAGACGCUGUGGUGUCGAGGAACAAAAGGAGGUCCCCGAGUGGAAGCACAGAAACCAAGAGAGAUGGAGAAGCAGCUGACAGAGCAGCGCUCCCCGAGCAGUCUAAUAUAAGUGGCAAACUCCGAAAGAAGAAAAAGAAACAGAAAAGUAAGAAAAACGCUACGGGAGAAACUUCGGAGAAUGGGCUGGAAGAUAUCGACCGGAUCUUAGAGAGGAUUGAGGACAGCAGUGGUUUGAACCGCCCGGGCCCGCCUCCCCUGAGCUCGAAGAAGCACGUCCUGUAUGUGGAGCACAGACACUUGAAUCCAGACACAGAACUGAAAAGGUAUUUUGGUGCUCGAGCUGUCCUGGGGGAACAGAGGCCGCGGCAGAGACAACGUGUGUAUCCCAAGUGUACGUGGCUGACGACCCCUAAGAGCACCUGGCCCCGGUACAGCAAGCCAGGUCUGUCGAUGCGGCUGCUGGAGUCCAGGAAAGGCCUCUCCUCCUUUGCAUUUGAGCACAGCGAGGAGUACCAGCAGACACAGCACAAGUUCCUGGCUGCUGUGGAGUCCAUGGAGCCCAACAACAUCGUGGUUCUGCUCCAGACGAGCCCCUAUCAUGUCGAUUCGCUCCUGCAGCUCAGUGACGCUUGCCGGUUUCAGGAGGACCAGGAGAUGGCUCGAGACCUUGUAGAGAGAGCACUGUACAGCAUGGAGUGCGCAUUCCACCCCUUGUUCAGCCUCACCAGUGGGACCUGCCGGCUGGACUACCGCAGACCCGAGAACAGGAGCUUCUACCUGGCCCUCUACAAGCAGAUGAGCUUCCUGGAGAAGCGCGGCUGCCCACGCACCGCGCUGGAGUACUGCAAGCUCAUCCUGAGCCUUGAACCCGACGAGGACCCCCUGUGCAUGCUGCUGCUCAUCGACCACCUGGCCCUGCGGGCACGGAACUACGAGUACCUGAUCCGCCUCUUCCAGGAGUGGGAGGCUCAUCGGAACCUGUCCCAGCUCCCCAAUUUUGCCUUCUCGGUGCCAUUGGCGUAUUUCCUGCUGAGUCAGCAAGCGGACCUUCCUGAGCAGGAGCUCAGCUCUGCGAGGGAAAAGGCCUCUCUCCUGAUCCGACAGGCGCUCACCAUGUUCCCCGGAGUCCUCAUGUCCUUGCUCGAGUACUGCAGCGUGCGGCCUGACGCCGCUGUUGCCAAUCACCGCUUCUUUGGACCCGACGCUGAGAUAAGUCAGCCCCCUGCCCUGAGCCAGCUGGUGAGCCUGUACCUUGGGAGGUCACACUUCCUCUGGAAGGAGCCUGCCACCAUGAGCUGGCUGGAGGAGAACGUCCGCGAGGUUCUGCAAGCAGUGGAUGCUGGGGACCCCGCUGUGGAAGUGUGUGAGAGCAGGCGGAAGGUGCUCUACCAGCGCGCCCCCAGAAACAUCCACCGCCAUGUGGUCCUCUCUGAGAUCAAAGAAGCUGUUGCGGCCCUGCCUCCGGAUGUGACCACACAGUCUGUGAUGGGCUUUGACCCUCUGCCACCUUUGGACACCAUCUACUCCUACGUCAGACCAGAGAGGCUAAGUCCCGUCAGCCACGGAAACACAAUCGCUCUCUUCUUUAGGUCGUUAUUGCCAAAUUACACCAUGGAGGGAGAGAGGCCGGAAGAUGGAGGGGCUGGGGGUCUGAACCACAACCAAGGCUUGAACAGGCUGAUGCUGGCCGUGCGAGACAUGAUGGCCAACUUCCACUUCCACGACCUGGAGGCGCCGCACGAGGACAACCCCGAGGGAGACGGGGAGUGGGACUGAGGAGUGGGACUGGCCGGCGCCGCUGCCCCCAACGCUGUACAAUUAUGUUCCUGAUUUCUGUUCUGGUCUGAAUUGGCCAGUUCCCUGAAGUAGAAAUGCUGAUGUGUCGUCCACCUGCCUCUUCUUUUUCUCCUAUAAACAUGAUGGGUUACAUUCUG